AGCUUCUGACUACUGUGCCUGAUUUAUCUGGGAUGAGAGGCGCAGUGUCUUGCAAUCUUUCUAGAGUAACCAUACCGGACACGUCUGAUGAAGUCGUAUUUUUCAUGUGUCCCUGGAAUCGGUGAUAGGGUAGGGGUUCUCUCUGACUGUCACACGUGUGUGGUCGGACACUGGGACCUUGAGGACGCGUUCGCCAACCCAACAUAUCCGAUCCCAAGAGGAGAUAAGAAUCAAAACUGACAGUUCGUACCUUUUCGGGUGGGAUAUAAAUGCUCUUCAAGUUUAUUUUAAUCUGUUCACUGACAUUUUGACGAACUAUGUGAGAACAGUUAAAAACUCUGUUUUAAUUUUCUAAAGCCUCCGGCUAAUUACAAAGUGAAUCAUCAUGGAGUCGUCUAUUCAUGACGUCCAGAGUAACUUGACUUGGACCGUGUGUUCCAAAUGGAGAGAAAAUCCAGAAGGAUCCAUAUUUCAUCUGGCCCACAUUUUAUUAUUUCUGGGUUUCAUGGGAGGAAGCGGUUUCUAUGGACUGUUGUAUAUGUUCACCUUUCUGAUGUUUGGAUUCUUUUGCUCCACAAUCUGGGCAUGGUCGGACGUCUGCACGACGGACACGUUCUCCUGGACGUUUGCUCUGUUUGUGGUGUCUGUGGCUCAACUUGUGCAUGUUUCGUAUCGCCUUCGGAGUGUCACAUUCGACAAGGAGUUCCAGGAUUUGUACAACUUUAUGUUCAAGAAACUGGGCGUGUCGCUCACUCAGUAUGGCAAAAUCGUAUCUUGUUGUGAAGGGGAUAUUCAUACUAUUGAAAAGGACCAUUAUUUUGCUAUGGAGGGUAAAACUGCCAUCGACAAACUAUCCGUUCUGUUGUCCGGCAGGAUUCGGGUGACGGUAAACGGAGAGUUUCUACACUACAUCUACCCCUUCCAGUUCCUUGAUUCACCCGAGUGGGAUUCCCUCAGACCUUCCGAGGAGGGAGUGUUUCAGGUGACGCUGCGAGCCGACAACUGCUGCAAGUAUGUGGCCUGGAGACGGAAGAAACUGUAUCUCCUCUUUGCCAAGCAUCGGUACAUUGCGAAGAUCUUUGCGCUGCUUGUUCGGAAUGAUAUAGCAGAUAAGCUCUACUCGCUUAACGACAAAGCAUUCGACAGCCACGGGUUCCGAUAUGAUCUCCGGUUACCAAGUUUCUGUCACGUGCCCGUGCCAGAAUUAGAAAAGACAGAUGCGCCGGCCCAAGUCCCGGAAAAGAGUAAAGGGACCAUGCCCAAUGAAAGUGUCCCGUGAUCCUCCAAUGAGGACAGUUCUACGUUUCUUGUUUUGAUGAGAUUAUAUUGCACACUGCAUUGUCUUGAUUGCGCCAAAUGCAAUUGUAAAAACUGUACCGCACCGGCAUAUAAUCUGUUCAAAACAAGGGCACACAUGUUACUUCAGUCGAACACAAAAUAAGGCUGCUGGACAAAGCCCUACUACCCUGUUGGCAUAUAUUGUUGUGAGUGAUUAUUACUGAUGUGAGAAGUAGCCUGAUGUUCUCACCAUACCUGUGCCAAAAACCGCAGCCUUAAAACAGCCAAGCCGAUAUAAUCAGGAUUGUGCAUGACAUUUUAUCACAUUAUUUUUUGUAGAGAUACCACCUCUCCACAAAGCAUGGUCUUAUUCGAGCAUUCAACAGCUAAAAGUAGGCAACGGGAGACCAGGCGACUUUCAUCCAGCUGUGGUGACGAGGUCCGGAUACCCUCAUCUCUAUGUCGCUGGCCGCGGUGCUGAUCCGGCAGCGCGCACUACACCAUUCCGACAACAAUUGGAGACAGUAGCCAAAUGAGGGAGUCAGAGACGGCAUCCCAGACUACAUGCUACGGACAGGGGCAUCCAGAGUGACCAGAUUUUGUCGGGUUCGAAAAAAAUAACUAAAUAAACCACCCAGAUUUGCAAUGUGUUAAAAAAAUAUACCGAGUUCAUGUCUGGUCCGUUUUGACCUAAUUUAUAUUAUUAUAUUAUAUAUGUAUGGAUUUGACAGACGAGAACAAGCGUAGGUUGCUAUUGUAAAUGUAAAAGUAUGUACAUGUAAAAGUGUGUGUGUGUGUGUGGGGGGGAUUGGGCAAACAAGAUUGAACAAAGUGUACAACUGUAAUAAAGAAACACAGUAAAGCCUAUGGAAGUGUGCAUUUU